GGUACGAAUAAAAUUAAAUGACCUGAGGUCGGCAGAUUGCCCAGUUCAAUAUUUUGAAGAAUGUCUGUGCUUUGCAAAGUGUCGAGAUUCUUGACAAAUUCAUUGAAUAAAAAUGCGUUUAAAACCAUCAAUGACGUUAGGUUUUUUCAAACGGCGACGAAACAAGCAAAAUCUAUGAACAUUGUAAAAAUGAGUGUGAUCGGUGCAUCGGUAGGCGUGUUGGUCGGUGCAGGUUAUUCCGUCAAUAAAAUUAGUAAGGAUAGAAAGAAUUUUACUAAUGAAGGUACACAAGUUGAAAUUGAAACCAUCAAAUCUUUGCCUUCUAUCAAACCCUCCAGGAAGGUCGUUUACCCUGGUGACAAUUCUGGACUGAAGCUAACGUUAUUUCAAUAUCAGACCUGCCCGUUUUGUUGUAAGGUACGCGUAUUUUUGGACUACCACGGGAUAUCGUACGACGUCGUCGAAGUGGAUCCAGUUCUAAGGGAUGAGAUAAAGUGGUCAUCGUACAGAAAAGUACCAAUUCUACUUGCCAAAGUGAACGAAGGUUAUCAACCCCUGAAUGACAGCACAAUGAUAAUAUCGGUUCUGGGAUCGAUAUUGGAAGACAAAUACAAAAAAAUUGAAGACAUUGUCAAGUAUUAUCCAAAUAUAUUUUUCCACGAUGAAAAUGGUAAAUUCAAACAAGAGAUUGUUAACAAAUACUUUCUCAUGUAUCAAAACACUUUGCCGGCUGGGAAGUCCAUGGACUAUAUUGUAGAAGAACGUAAGUGGAGAAAAUGGGCAGAUGAUGUUCUCGUUCAUGUCUUGUCCCCAAAUGUAUAUAGAACUGCAUCAGAAGCACAUCAAGCGUUCAGUUGGUUUUCUGAAGUGGGUAGAUGGGAAGAAUACUUUCCAACGUGGGAACGAUUGCUCAUGGUGAACGUGGGGGCUUACGCUAUGUGGCUGAUAUCAAAACGACUCAAAAAGAGACAUCAUCUCAAAGAAGAUGUGAGGCAAUCUUUGUAUGACGAAGUGAACUAUUGGCUGGAAGGAAUCAGAGUAAGAGGGGGAGAAUUUAUGGGGGGGACAGAUCCCGAUUUUUCUGAUUUGGCUGUAUAUGGUAUUUUGAAAAGUAUUGAGGGAUGUAAUGCAUUCAAAGACUUAUUAGAUAACACAAAAAUCGGUGUUUGGUUCACGGCUAUGCAAGAGAAAGUUGACUCGCAGCACGGGCAACAGUAUGUAAAGUAUUGAUCCAACCCCACACAAAUGUGGGUAUUUAUUUGCUAUCUUGUUGAUUAAUAAAUAAUAAUUGUAGUGUAAAA